GGAGCCUGAAGGCAGCAUGACGUCAAACUGUUGCGACCCACGUGUGAGUGUAGUGAGGUGGAGAGAUGGCUGCGGACAGGGUACAGUUUCAUGAAAUGGGCUUAGACGACCGUCUUUUAAAGGCGGUUGCUGACCUGGGUUGGUCCCAGCCGACCCUGAUCCAGGAGAAAGCGAUCCCUUUAGCUCUGGAGGGGAAAGACCUGCUGGCUCGAGCCCGGACCGGAUCAGGAAAGACAGCUGCUUAUGCUGUCCCUGUCAUCCAGCGAAUCCUGGCCUCCAAACAGAGCGUUCGUGAGCAGGAUGUGCGAGCUCUGAUUCUGGUACCGACCAAAGAGCUGGGCCAGCAGGUCCAGGUGAUGGUCAGACAGCUGACGGCGUUCUGCUCGAGGGACGUCCGAGUGGCUGACAUCUCUGGGAAAGCUGAUCUGUCAGCACAGAGGCCAAUCUUAAUGGAGAAACCUGACAUAGUCGUCGGGACGCCUUCUCGUGUUCUCGCCCAUCUGAACGCCCAGAACCUGUUUCUGCACUCGUCACUGGAGAUGCUGGUCGUAGAUGAAGCCGACCUGCUCUUCUCUUUUGGCUUUGAGGCUGAUCUGAAAAACUUGUUGUGUCAUCUACCAAAGAUCUACCAGUCGUUCCUGAUGUCAGCUACUUUCACUGAGGAUGUUCAGGCCUUGAAGGAGCUUCUGCUGCACAACCCGGUGAUCCUGAAGCUGCAGGGCUCUCAGCUGCCCGACAGCAGCCAGCUGCAGCAGUACAGCAUCAAGUGUGAGGAGGAGGAUAAGUUUCUGCUGAUCUACACGCUGCUGAGGCUACGGCUGGUUCAGGGGAAGACGCUGGUGUUUGUGGGAUCCGUGGAGAGAAGCUACAGACUCAAACUGUUCCUGGAGCAGUUCGGGAUCCCUGCCUGUGUGCUAAACUCUGAGCUACCCGUCCACUCCAGGUGUCACAUCAUCACUCAGUUCAAUCAAGGUUUUUACGACUACAUCAUUGCCACAGACGAGCAGAGUUUAGUCGACCCCACUGCAGCUCCACAGACGUCUGCAGGCAAAGGGAAGAAGAAGAAGAGCGCAGAGAAAGGAGGAAAGACAAAAGACAAAGAGUUUGGCGUCUCCAGAGGAGUCGACUUCCAAAAUGUUUCCAGUGUCCUCAACUUUGAUUUUCCCCCGACAGUAGAAUCGUACAUCCAUCGAGUAGGAAGGACGGCCAGAGCUGAUAACCCCGGCACCGCUCUCUCCUUCAUCUCCCACACAGAGCUGGGUUUGCUGUCGGAGGUGGAGGAGGCUCUCACAGGAGAGAAUUCAGAAUCUGUCCUGAAACCGUACAAGUUUAAGAUGGAUGAGAUUGAAGGCUUCAGGUACCGGUGCAGGGAUGCGAUGCGUUCAGUGACGAAGCAGGCAGUGAGGGAGGCCAGACUGAAGGAGAUCAAACAGGAGCUGCUCAACUCGGAAAAACUCAAGACUUAUUUUGAGGAUAACCCCAGAGAUCUUCAGCUGCUCAGACACGACAAAGAUCUUCAUCCUGCGGUCAUCAAACCUCACCUGAAGAACGUCCCCGAGUAUCUCAUUCCAACCACUCUGAGAGGUACGGUGAAUCCUCUGUUAGCUCGGAGGAAGAGGAAGAGGAUUAUCAAGUCAAAAGUAGAGGGAGCUAUGAAGAGCGGCUUCAAGAAGAACAUGAAGGGGAAGAACCCGCUGAGGAGUUUCAAAUACAGCGGAGGGAGGAACAGAAAAGAGAAAACAGGACAGUCGUAACUUCAGCAGCAGAAACUCUGGAUGUUAAAAGUGUACAGAGACUCUUCAGGAGGACGAUUCAGUCUCCAUUUAUGACUCAAACGGGACGAACAAAACCUGAACGGACUCUGGAUUUAACGCGCUGUUGAAGCUAAAUGGACCACGGACUAAACAGAGCUUAAACUUGGACUCUGAACUUUGCAGUGAGAGGAAAAGUCAGACUGCAGCGGUCUGAUUUAACCAAAACAACCAUGAAUGACCACCACACGUUGGCUGAG